AUGCCAACCCCAGCGUCUGCCAAGGAGCGUCUUUUGGGAACCAACCCCUCCUGCCCCUUAGGGCCUAGCACGUGUCGGGGAAGCGAAGUGACUCCUCAAAGGGGCUCGUUGGCAGAGAGGCAGCUCAGACAUUGGCAGCGCACCUGGACCAAUCGCGGAGACGAGAGGUUCUGCUCGACCAAUGAAGAGAAGGCAAAGGUGGAAGAGGGCGGGCCACGCUCGUGCGAUGAUCCGCUAGCGGCGGCAGGACUCGCUGGUCCGAGACCGCCAGGUGAGGCGGCCGCCGUGGGGGAAGCGCGGUCUCAACGGCCGGAGCGCUCCCUCCCCCGCCCCAACACCGUCAGCAGCGGCUCGGUACCUCCUAGGCGGAGCGGCCGAGCGCCGCCGCCGCUGGGCGGGCUUCUCGGGCCAGGGCCUCCCGCGCCGCCCCCACCCAGCCACGGGGACAGCCUCCCACGGGCGAGCCCAGCCUGGCGCUGGCGGGCUCCAGCGUCCCCGGCCCAGCCGCAGAGCUCGGCGGGAGCUGCGGGUUCCUGUGUCCCGCCGGGGAGCCCAGCCCCCCAUCCGGCCCCUCGGGGCCCUCCCGUUGACCACGCAGCUACAGGGCAGGAGCGGGCUCCCCGCCAAGGGGCAGCAGCUGCGCUCGCGCGCUUCGCAGGCGCCUGUUCCGAGCCCUGUGGAACACGUGGCCUCUUCGUGAAUGAGACGGGUCCAAGAGACACAGACAAGGUUUUCAUCUCAAGGCCAAAAGACAUCUGUGUCAUGUCUUCAUUGGAAGGGACUUACAUUACCCAUUGACAAUUUUUUUUCACUAUCUUCAACUUCUCUUUCCUUAUACAGGCCCAUGUCCUUCUAAGGAAACUGUCUGUUUCUAUUGUCCAGGUUUGUUCUCCUGUGAAACAGGCACCUAAAAUAGUAAAAGGUUUAAAAGUGUAGUUUAAGAUUUUCGGAUGAGAAGAGUAGCAUUGGGUAGUUUCCUGUAUUUUGUAGAAUGCCAAGCAGGCUGGUGGGAAUGUGUGUGUCCAGGGGCAACUGAAGUCCAAAUUCUGUCUCUUAACACUUCACAGACACCAUUUCUGAAAAAGUAUCCCACACUGAUACUAUAUCAAUACUAAAAAAGAAAAGGAGUACUUGUGGCACCUUAGAGACUAACAAAUU